UCGUUCGGCAACUUCAAAUUUUCUUCGAUAUUUUGUUGAAAAAAAAAAUGAAUUUAUUUUUCAUUUUAUUUUUGCUACUUUUCAUCAGCACGGAAUAUUCUGAAUUUCAUGGAACAGUUGUGUCCCAAAUUACGAAUGGCACAUCAGUUGACGAAAUCGAAGCAUUUAAUUUCAUAUCGGGAAUGAUUUACCUGGAUACUUCUACGAAUAUGCAGUCCGUCUGUGGUGCUAGUAUAGUAUCACCAAACAAAUAUAUCGUUACAUGUGCACAUUGUGUUGAGCACAGAGAGCUGAUUACCUUAUACUUCGGUUCCAAAAAUAUCUGUAAUCCAUACUACGCGUUGAACAUAACGCAGGCUAAUAUUAUUAUUCAUCCCGAAUACAGCGGACAUCCAAACCAUUUGAACGACAUAGCAGUGAUUGUAGGCAUUCCAUUACCAACCGAUCCAAAGUUUGGUCAAAUCGAAUUGGUCAAAAGAAAUUAUGUGCCAAAGAAAAUGAAUAAAGUCACUCUUUUUGGAUAUACCGGUGGACUUAGGCCUGAUUACUCUCCUAUUUUAACUGAUCUUAAUUAUGUCAGCGCGACAAUCGCAGAUUUUUCUGCCUGUCAAAGGUCGUAUUCAACCAAAAAUGUGUUUUUAGUUGAAGGUUUGCAGUUUUGUGUUAAUUUGCGCGGAAAAUAUAAUCAAAGUAAUGUUAACUACGGCGAUUCAGGAGGAGCAGUUCUAACCAAGGAUCGUCACCUUUUGGGAUUAAUUUCACAAAGACUGGACGGUAUUCCCGAAGUUAUGACGAAUAUUAUGGGAUAUUUCGACUUCAUUGAACAUCCAAGGGCCUUUGUAAUGCAAUAUUACCAGCAACAUAACCAGCAAAAUAACCAGCAAAAUAACCAGCAAGCAUAUUUUAACUUUUUGUAGACAAAAUAUGCUAUCAGAUCCAACAGAUUCAACGAAUCAUUUUAUUACCCUUUUAUUUGCAAGCACCUUUAAGGGACGAUUUGCAUCAACACACUUAAUUGUAAAAAUUUUGUGUAUCAAACUUGAUUUUCAUUGUGCAAAUAAAUGGCUGAAAAUAAAAUUAGAAAUAUUCA